AUGUUGGAUUAUUGUGAUUUUGAGUUUCUUAAUGAACUAAUGACUGAUAAUUUAGCUAACUUGAAUGCAAUAUCUGUUCAACAAAAAUUAAUUGAUUUACUUUACAAAUCAACAUCUGGUCCAACAGAUAUACCAUGUACUGAUGGAUUGUGCCCAUCUAAUAGUUUUUGUCAAGCAGAUCUUGAAAACACAGUCACAUCACAGUAUAAUUAUACCUUCAUCACUUCAACUUUACCAUGUUAUUAUAUGUCACCAAAUGGUAAUUUAUUGGAAAUUAUUCAAUUAUUUUCACAUUCUGCAGCUCAAAUAGCGAUAAUGACUCUUCGGUGUAAUCGUGAGGAAUGUAAUAAUAAAAAAACUGUAACAGACGCUUAUGCAUUGAUUCAUAAUGAAUUCACUUUACUACUUAAUUAUUCUAUUCUAAAUAUUAACACAACUUUAACAACAACAACGACAACAACAUCGUUGCCGUCUGAUGCUUCAUUUUUAGUUCUAUCACAUAGUCUUAUCAUUUUUAAUAGCUAUGUUUUUUUCUUUUAUCUGUUUUUUAAAUAA